GAGGGGCGGCGGCUGGGCUUAUUUAGGGCGGCGGGGGAUGAAACCUAUUUAGUCGCUGUGGGUUUUCCUGGAGUUUAUUUGCCGUCUCCCCACUGUGGAUUACUCGCUGUUGUGCCCCGGUCCCCGUUCAGGGAGCCACAUGGCUGCAUCCUGUGAGGUCAGCCACAUCCUCAGCAACUACAUCAGCGCCAUGUACCAGGCUGAGGACGCGGCCCUGGCGCCCCUGGCCCCCGCCGGCGCCGAUGCUGACCUGGUACUGACCCUCAACAAUGCGCAACCGCCUCCCGAGGGCACAGAGAAGGCCAGCUGGUCCGGGGAACUGCCCCAGUCGUGGACGAGGGCCCAGGUGCUGGACUGGAUUGGCUACCAGGUGGAGAAGAACAAAUACGACGCCAACGCCAUUGACUUUUCCCGUUGCAACAUGGACGGUGCCAUGCUGUGCCGAUACGGGCGUGAGGAGCUGCGCCUCGUCUUCGGGCCCCUGGGGGAUGAGCUGUACUCUCAGCUUCAGGAGAUCACUUCUGCUGCGUCUGAUGAGCUGAGCUGGAUCAUUGAGUUUCUAGAGAAGGACGAGUUCUCCUCCCGUGACCCUAUAGUGGACACUAUUGCCUUUGACCAGGACAGCCCCUUUGGCCCAGAGCUGUUGGAGGAUCCAAAGCUGCUCAGCUCCCACUACCAGGGUGGCUACGGGCCAGGUGCCCCAACGUCUCCCGGGAAUUCUGACGUCUCCACUUCAGGCACAGGCACAUCGCAGAGCCCCAACUCUUCAGACUCCGGUGGAAGUGACCUGGACCCCGACCCCACGGACACCAAGCUCUUCCCCUUCACCCAGGGGGUUUUCACCGACCACAAGAAAGGAGACCUGAAGCACGCCAAACGCAAGCGGGGCCGACCACGCAAGCUCAGCAAGGAGAACCGCGAGUGUCUGGAGGGAAAGAAGAGCAAGCAUGCCCCUCGCGGCACCCACCUCUGGGAGUUCAUCCGUGACAUCCUCAUCCACCCUGAGCUCAAUGAGGGCCUGAUGAAGUGGGAGAACCGGCACGAGGGGGUUUUCAAGUUUCUGCGCUCUGAGGCGGUGGCCCAACUGUGGGGCCAGAAGAAGAAAAACAGCAGCAUGACAUACGAGAAGCUGAGCCGGGCCAUGAGAUACUACUACAAGCGGGAAAUCUUGGAGCGCGUGGACGGUCGCCGGCUGGUCUACAAAUUCGGCAAGAACUCGAGCGGCUGGAAGGAGGACGAGGUUAUCCUGGGCCGGAACUAGGCGGACGAGGGACGUCUGAGCAGCCCGGGCCCAGAGACGUGUCUGAGUGGCCCAGGCUCAGAGACCCUACCUUGGACAUUGCCAUUCAGCCCUCUGCGGAGGGCAUCUACGUUUGCGCUGGUACCUGGCGCCUUGGAAAGCAAAAGCUGAAUAUUUUGGCUGCAGUAGGUUAAUGUCAACCGCUAUUACCGGGAGAUUGAGCAGGCCAAGUCACAGUUUUCUUCUGCUCCUUCAGCUCCUGGAUUUACAAACCCUGAGGCCCACCUCCUCCAGGGCCCGAAAGAGAAGUGGGGGCGGCAGACCCCCUCCUCCAGCCUGGUUGUUCUCUGCCCUCUGCUAACACCUCAACCCACUCCUACUCAAGAGACUACCCGGCCCCAGGCCUUUCCUAGGUGGCAAUUGGCUUGGAGUAAAGACGCCAGGGGGAGGCCCAGAGGAGAGGAAACUCCUGACUGUUGGAUUGGAUUCCUGUUCUGUCCCAUUCCUCUGCCUCCCUAUACCCACUACCCCUACCCACCCCCCGCCCCUUUCCACCGCUGCUCAGGCUCCGCGGGCCGAACGUCUGAGUGUGCACCCUAAUUUAUGAUAUAAAUAUGUAAGUUGUACAUAGAUCUAUUUUUUCAUACCACCCAUGACUCUGUGUGUGUGUGUGUGUGUGUGCGUGUGCGUGCAUGUGUGCAGAGAGAGCACCCCACGGUCCUGAAUCCCCAGGGCUGCAGCUGGGGCCCCCUCAGCUGGACUGACCUGGAGUUUCCAUUUUUUUUUUUUACCCGUCCCCCACCUCCUACAGGGGCUCUCUUCCCCUCCCUCUCUGUCCCCAGAACGACUAGGGGUCUAAUAAAGUGUUGUGUUUUUUCUAA